UAAUUGCAUCGCAUAUGGUACACAACAAUAGUCAUGGUUGGAGGGUUUAGGGUGGUUGGUCGAUAUGGGUUGAAACUGGGCGGGAGCUUAGAUACCACCCUAAACCCUCAAACAGCUAACAUCUCAGUCAGGUGUACGCAGGCAUAGUGGAUACAGUUAGUCAAUGUACCGUGCUAGUUACAAUCAGCUGGGCCCAUUGUUGUAUCAGCUGUUUUGGUAUCGUUAACCAUACUAUCAUUUCGUGUAUUAUUGUCAUACAAAAUUUUACGUUCUAUACGUAUUGAUUCGACUAUUUUUUCCUUCAACCAUGUAAGUUCAUGGGUUAACAUUUUCAUAAUUUAUCUGGCAUUAUCUUUUUGUUAAUUAUUCAUAGUUGAUAAGUGGAUGAAAAUUUAUUCGAUUCGACGGCCUAAUCUUUGAUAUAGCCUCAAUUACAUACUUAUAACUACUUUUAAUUUCUACCUUAACUUACUUUGUACACAACACUAUGUUACUUGAACCGAAAUUAAACUUAGUCCUACUAAAUUGAGAGGGCACUAAGUGAGUUGUUUGUUUUAACCAUGAAAAACACAUCCCACUUAUAUCUCUAGUGUAAUCUUAUUGACAUUGUACUCACGUUUCGUCGCUUGGGAGACAUUGCCUCCUCAGAGACUUUAUUAAUAGCUUAGUUUUACCCUUCCACUGAGCACGCCUCGGCAUGUCGUUGCCUAGGGCUCCACCCCACCGGCUAGACAAGAUGUCCAGCUCCUCUAGCCAGUGGUCAGGCUCGUGUCUGCGACGAUGGCUCCAAGACAACCUCUUCCUGAUAGCCACCGCCGCAGGAGUCCUCGGAGGCCUCAGUACAGGAUUGAUCCUCAGACCCAUGGGAUUGAGUGAGGAUACUGUAAUCCUCAUAUCUUAUCCUGGAGAGCUGUUCAUGAGAGUCCUCAAGCUUAUGAUCCUUCCCUUCGUAAUUUCCUGCCUUAUCAUUGGAACUGCCACCAUAAAUGUUCGGAAGAAUGGACGCAUCGCUGCACGGACAAUACUUUACUUUGUAUCAACUUCAGCACUAAAUGUGGCAUUAGGACUGUUGUUGGUGAUUACUAUACAUCCAGGAAGUCCAGACUUUCACAGCAACAUUACAAACGUUGUUGACAUGAGAAACACCAAUUUGCUGGAUGGAUUUUUAGACAUGGGCAGAAAUCUUGUACCUGACAAUAUCUUUCAGUCUGCUUUUGAACAGACAUACACGGAAUAUUACACGCCCGGUCAAAAUGCAGAUAAUUUUUCUCUUGAAGUAGUAAAUGUCUCAGAUAUUGCAGUACCAACCAAGCGAAGGCUUUCUUUCAGGAAUGGCACCAACACCCUGGGAAUUAUUUUCUUCUGCAUAAUCUUUGGAUCGGUGCUUGGAUCUAUUGGACCUCAGAAAGCUAUUGUGAUAGAGUUCUUCACAGUGAUCUACCAAGUGUUGAUGAAGAUGCUGAUGGGAGCGAUAUGGUUUACCCCCCUGGGCGUAGGCAGUAUCAUCUGCGGGAAGAUGGUAUCAGUGGCCGACCUUAGCUUGACCCUCACCCAACUGUCGUGGUUCAUCCUCACAAUGGCCACGGGAGUCCUGCUCUAUCAGCUGAUCAUCCUGCAGCUCAUUUACUACGUGUUUGUUGGUAAAAACCCAUACACCUUCUACUCCGGUCUAGGUCCAGCCAUCGUCACUGCUUUUGCAACGGCUUCCAAAGCCGCUGCAUUUCCAGUGGCCUUCAAACUAUUGGAUGAAAGACUCAAGGUAGAUUCUCGCAUCUCCAAGUUCAUUCUUCCCAUCGGAACCAUCAACAUGGAUGGAACUGCUCUGUUCCUUAGUGUGUCUGUCUGCUUUCUGGCACAAAUCAACAACAUCGCACUCACUGUGGGAGACCUCCUAACACUAGGGUUAUCAUGUACUGCAGCCUCCAUGUCUAGUGCCACGGUCCCCUCAGCCGCCCUCGUCCUGGUAUUGAUGUUGUGUUCCACGGUCAACGCUCCUACUGAAGACGUUUCUCUGCUCUUUGCCGUUGAUUGGUUUGUAGACAGGAUGAGGACAACAAAUAAUCUACUUGGCGACUGUUAUGCUUGUGCGGUGAUAGAAAGUUUGUCUAAAAAGGAGCUCAGUGAAAACUUUGAUGACGAAGAGAAUACACAUUGCUAUGGAAGCGCUUUCUCAUGUGCGGCGGAUUUGAAAAUACCAAAAAAUGGUCACGUAAAAGUAGAUGACUCAUUGGAAGCAUGAAACAUCUGAUGGGUUGACGAGGGUUGAUUUCUGUGAUGUUAGGUUAGGUUUAGGAUAGGAGCAGCACAACUAUUACACAAUAAGACAGCUUAUUUUUGAAAUGUAUUAUUAUUAAAAUGUAUUUUUUAUUAGUGUAUAUAAGGGAACAUUGGGAACACAUUUUUAACGUAGUUUUUUUGUAUACUUAAAAGACAAACCGUACAAUAGUAAUUUCUAACUGUUUUUUAGAUGAUUUUUAACAAUUUUACUGCAUUGCACAACUGAUGUGAUAACUCAUAUUAAUGUUUCAAACACUUAUUAUUGAUUGGUAUCGCUUUAAUAUUUAAAAAUUGAGAAUACUAUAUUUUCUGGUGAAUUUUGUUAAGGGUUUUUAACUUUUAAAUUAAAACUCUUUAGAAUACAAAUCUAUUGUUCUGCAGGCCUAAACAUUUUGCUGAAAAUGUUUACUGUUAUGAAGUGUACCUUAGAGUUGAAGUGAGAAUUUACAGUAAGUUGAAAUAUGUUAUUUUUAUACUAUACCUACUCAUACUCUGGGCUUUUGCUCAUAUUUUACUAGCUUAAAGUCGUUGAUAUCUAAUCCAACAUGUAACCGUUGACUGUAAAUCCUUUUACAGACAACGAUGUAACUUAAAACUUAACAAAGUUGGUUUGUUGCAUAGAGUAUCGAUUAUGCAUUUUGAAUGGGACACAGAGGUUAAUGUUAUAUAAACUGUUCAUUGUAUACACAAAAGCAGUAUUUGUUCAAGUACAAAUACUGUCUCUCAAUGAAAUAUUGUCGUUAUGGCCUCUUUGAGUUUGCCAAGAUUUUAAUGAUAAAAACUAUUGAAUUAUUAUAAUUAGACAGAUAUUUCAGGGGCGUGAAUCUCUGUAUUUCUUCUUAGAGUUCUUUAACACUUACGUUUUCUGGUGAACAAAACCCGGUGUUUCAAACCACACAUAUUAGUAACAAAGCAUUUAUGCAUGUCCAAUUAUACACUGUUUGUAUCCAUUAAAUGCAGGCAUUAAAGGACCCUACUUUAAAUGAUACAGUAGACCCUCUCUUAACCGACCUCGUAUUAACCGAUAAUCGGAUUAUCCGCCUUCCAUCGUAAAAUAUCACAGUUUGUUUUAACCGACCUUGCUUUGAGAGCAGUUCGGCUUAACCGCCGCUUUCUAGGAAUCUCGGCAUAUCCGCUCCCACGCUGGGCGAUGAGAACCGAACCAUACGCUUAUCUCCACAGGAUGUGACUAAGAAUAAAUUAUUUUGCAUUGAUCACAAAAAAUAUAGCAUAUUGUCAGUUUGUCAUCAUCGUUUAUAGUGCGAGCACAUCCUGAUCUGAUUUGUUAUCUGUGCGGCAAAUUUAUAAAAUCGUAAAGUGCGUUCAAUUUUGAGAACUGAUUAUCUUAUCGCUAGAGUAAACAAACAAUGCAACUUGUACGGAGGGCAGGGAAGGGGGGUUAGAACUUAAGUUAUUAAAAUAGGAAUUUUUAUUGACUCUUGCCUAGUACUAUAAUCUAUUCCACUUAAAGUAGGCCUAUUUGACUUAACGGUGUUUAGUGUUUAUUUAUGACUUUUCUAUCAAUAGGAAAAAAAGGAGAUAAGAGUAGUUUAUUUUAUAAAUAUUAGAAGUAUGACUUCAAAAUAAUGAUUAUAUAAUUCAAAAUUAAUAACACUUAAUUAUGUUAUGAUUUUAGGCAUUGCCCGUUUUAACAGACCUUUUGAGUUAUCCUACCUAGGUCCGGUCCCAUUAGGGUCGGUUAAGAGGGGGUCUACUGUAACUACAGUCCCGAACCAAUACUGUAUGUUUUAUGCUAGAUUGUCCUAUAUUCCAGUGUUUUUCCAUGUAGCACCGCAACAUUUAAACAUUCUUUACGGUAUUUACAAACUAGUUUUUACCACGUGUGAGCAUUGUGCAUGUGUUUUCCACUGUGGGUGGAUUCCUCUGUGAUUUGAACGAAUGAGUUUUAAGCAAAACUCAAUCAUAAGAGUAUUAUACAAAGGAGAUUAGUCAAUUCAUAAUUCAAAAAGUCAAUUAACCAAAAAUAUUUAUUUAAUUUUCAUAAUUAAUGUAGCGGUACAAUAAUUUAUUAUUGUUUAAAGUAUUGACUUGAAUCUUCAUACCGGCAAGUUUUUGUUAAAUGGUUUAAGUUGAUUAGUUUUUCUUAUUUUUUCCAAGCGCCCGUUCUAAUUGAAUUCCUUCCUCUAAUCAGAUGGUUUAAAAAUGUUACAUAAAAAAUACAGAAGUUAUGUAUUUUUUACACCAAAGAACUUGAAUGUGAUAUAAAUGUACCCUAGGGCAUUUUAUUGAAAUACAAAUAAAAAACUAAGGUAAUUUAAAGAGGUAA